CAACAAUAAGGAGGAGCCACUGGGAAGAGCUGGAAGGUCGUGGUUAGCACUCCCCACCACAUUUUUACAACAGCACCACACACCCGGCCGGAGAGUGAGGAAACUCCCCAGCGGAUUAUUUAACUACAGAGGUUUCCUUCAGACCGGUGUUUGGUCAAAUAGCUUAUGUUUGUUCGCUAAAUGAAGACUGAGACAAAAGCCCGAAGACCCACACAGGUUUCCCGCAUCCCCCCAGACUCCUGCGUGGCCCUCCAGACGAGCGCAGCUUGCCACAAAGCGGCGGUACCUCCGGUUUAGUGAACAUAAUCCUGUUGCUGAUAUUGUGGGUUCAACAUUUGUUGGUUUAAACGCCUCAUAUGACUUCUGGUUAUUAUUUUCAGUGCAGAUAGUUAUUGAAAGACUGCCAGUUGUCUGUUUUGAAGUCCUACGGUCGUUUAUAUUGCAGUUUGUUUCCGUAGCCUAAAGAGGCACGAGAGAUCACAAAGGUGGCUAAUGUUAGCGACUAGCUCGCGACACAAACGAGUCCCGUCUCCGUACGAAACUUCGAGAGGUCGUUCGGUGUGUUUACACGAGACUAUUCGCAUUAAGCAGCAGAACACACAUUUUGUAACGGGGAACCAAAUACUAUUUGCCUAGUUAGUUGGCUUUCUUGCUGGACAGGCCAGCCUCCUUGUAUCGAAUAACAAAUGGGCUAGUGUUAGCUAACGCUGACUGAGCUGCUUUAAUAUUGUCACACAAGUAAGGAAAUUAAAAACGUUAAUUUCAUUUAGUAGUUUCUUUUAGAUUAUCAGUAUGGUGGUAUUUUAAUGAGAAUUUACUUUAAGCUAACAAUCAAGGAAGAUGGCUGAAGUUAUUAUAUGUGAAUGUCUCAAUCACAUUUUAGUUUGAUUUGAGUCGCUGAGAGCCAACGAAAAGGACUGGAGUUGGGAUAUCAAUUGACGAUCGGAAUUAAUUCUGUCCCUGGUGUUAACCGGAUUUUUGGCCUCUUUGGAUCGACGUGGGAGCAGCGGGAUUUCGACGUCCACUCUUAUCUGUCACUGUCGAUAUUUUUCCCUCUCCCUCCACCCCCACAACCGAUCCCCGUUUCUCUCUCCGAUGCGGAUUGUUGAGUAGCACCGGCAACCAAAUCAAUACGGCAGCCGGACAUGCUGAAGUGUAUCCCUUUGUGGCGCUGUAACCGCCACGUCGAGUCGGUGGACAAGCGACAUUGCAAUUUGCAAAAUGUCCCCGACGAGAUAUUCCGCUACAGCCGCAGUCUGGAAGAGCUUCUCCUCGACGCCAACCAACUCAGAGAUUUACCCAAGCCUUUCUUUAGACUUCUGAACCUGAGGAAGCUGGGCCUGAGUGACAAUGAGAUCCAGAGGCUCCCUCCUGAGGUGGCCAACUUCAUGCAGCUGGUGGAGCUCGACAUCUCCAGAAACGACAUUCCUGAGAUCCCAGAGAGCAUUAAGUUCUGCAAGGCGUUGGAGAUUGCAGACUUCAGUGGAAACCCCCUCUCCAGGUUGCCUGAUGGUUUCACUCAGCUGCGAGGGCUCGCCCACCUGGCCCUCAACGACGUGUCACUGCAGACACUGCCCAACGACAUAGGAAACCUGGCCAACCUGGUGACGCUGGAGCUCAGGGAGAACCUGCUCAAGUCCCUGCCCACGUCGCUCUCUUUCCUGGUGAAACUGGAACAGCUGGACCUGGGCAGCAAUGAACUGGAAGUGUUGCCAGACACACUCGGUGCUCUCCCUAAGCUACGGGAGCUGUGGUUGGACCGUAACCAGCUCUCCUCAUUGCCACCAGAGCUGGGGAACCUGCGGAGGCUGGUGUGUCUGGACAUGUCAGAGAACCGCCUGGAGGAGUUGCCCUCGGAGCUGAGCGGCCUGCUGGCCCUCACUGACCUGCUGCUCACACAAAACCUCCUGGAGGUGGUCCCUGACAGCAUAGGCUCUCUGAAGCAGCUGUCCAUCCUGAAAGUGGACCAGAACCGACUGACCCACCUGAGCGACUCCAUAGGAGAGUGUGAGAACCUGACUGAACUCGUGCUGACCGAGAACCUCUUACAGACUCUGCCUCGCUCGCUGGGCAAGCUGAAGAAGCUGACCAACCUGAAUGCGGACCGCAACCGGCUGGGCGGCGUGCCCGAUGAGCUGGGCGGCUGCGCCAGCCUCAACGUGCUCUCCCUCAGGGACAACCGCGUGGCCAAGCUGCCUGCCCAACUGGCCGACGCCACCGAGCUCCACGUGCUAGACGUGGCAGGGAACAGGUUACAGAACCUGCCGUUUGCCCUGGCCAACCUCAACCUGAAGGCCAUGUGGCUGGCAGAGAACCAGUCCCAGCCCAUGCUCAAGUUCCAGACGGAGGAUGAGGAGAGCACCGGGGAGAAGGUGCUCACCUGCUACCUGCUACCCCAGCAGCCUUCCUCUAGCCUGGAGAACCUGCUCCAGAACAGUGUGGAUGACAGCUGGACAGACAGCAAUCUGAACCGCGUGUCAGUCAUCCAGUUCCAGGAGGAGACCACCAAGCAGGAGGCGGAGGACGACGAGGCGGCCGCGGAGCGCAGGGGUCUCCAGCGGCGGGCGACACCGCACCACAGUGAGCUGAAGGUGAUGAAGAAAGUGAUUGAGGAGAGGAGGAACGAGGCCUACACGUCCAGAGCUGAUGGAGAGACGGAGUCCCCUGGUGCUGAGGAGAAGCGGCUGAGCGAUCUGUCCAAUCAGAGCCACGACUCUGCGGCGUCCAACAGCACGGCCUCUGCCAACUCCCACGAAGAGCGGCGGGGCCUGAUGACCACAGACCUGGUGGGUGGGCGUGGCCCCCAGGAGGAGGAGGAGCUAGAUGAGAUGGAGGUGGAGUACGUAGAGCCCACGGUGCACUUUGCAGAGGAGCCCAUGUACCGGGGUGGGGACGAGAAUGGUGACGAUGAGGAGGGCGAGGAUGGGGUCCCACACGGCUACGAAGAGGAACAACAGAGGCCCCAGUUCCCCACGGAGAAGCAGCGUCUGAUCAGGAAGGACACGCCGCACUACAAGAAGCACUUCAAGAUCACCAAGCUGCCAAAACCCGAGGCGGUGGCCGCGUUACUGCAGGGCUUCAGCCCCGACGCUCACCUGGCCCAACACCCCGCCUCGCACCACACUGCCCCCGAGGAGGAGGAGGAUGAGGAGGAGGAAGGGGAUGAGUGUAUGGUAACUCCACAGCGCCACAACAGGAUAGAAGAGCCAGAGCUGGAGGAUAGGAGUCUGCUUCAUGCCAACUCCUCCCUGCAGCCGGUCAAGGGGGUGUCAUUUGAUCAAGUCAAUAAUCUGCUGAUUGAGCCUGCUCGAAUUGAGGAGGAAGAGCACAACCUGACCAUUCUACGGCAAACUGGGGGUCUGGGCAUCAGCAUAGCCGGAGGAAAGGGGUCCACACCCUACAAGGGGGAUGAUGAGGGCAUCUUCAUCUCCAGGGUGUCUGAGGACGGACCUGCAGCCCGGGCUGGGGUCAAAGUGGGAGACAAACUCCUCGAGGUGAACGGCGUGGCCCUCCAGGGGGCGGAGCACCACACGGCGGUGGAAGCCCUGCGCAGCUCGGGCACCGCUGUCUCAAUGAGCGUCAUCCGGGAGCACAUGGUGGAGCCGGAGAACGCCAUCACCACCACGCCGCUGAGGCCCGAGGACGAUUACUUCCCCCGGGAGAGACGGGCCAGCGGGCUGCCCUUCUGCAUGGAGGCCAGCUCCCCAGCAGGCCCCCGACACAGGCGGUCUACCUGCCUGGUCCGCAACGACAAGGGCCUGGGCUUCAGCAUCGCCGGGGGCAAGGGUUCCACGGCCUACCGCACGGGGGACUUGGGCAUCUACAUCUCCCGUAUCGCAGAGGGAGGGGCGGCCCACCGAGACAGCACGCUCCGCGUCGGGGACAGGGUCAUCACCAUCAAUGGUGUAGACAUGACAGAGGCCAGGCAUGACCAGGCAGUAGCGCUGCUUACCGGCACCUCCCCCACCAUCGCCCUCCUGGUGGAGCGCGACCAGGCCGAGCCGGGCGCCGCAGGGGGCUCCCCGGGCCUGUCCCGCGCCCGCGCCCACUCCCCCCCGCCCCCAGAGCCCUCCGACUCGCCCGAUCAGGAGGAGGGCAACGACGACUCGCCCCACGGGACCCACAUGAGCCGGCCGCUGCAGGACGAGUACCCCAUCGAGGAAGUGAUGUUGGUGAAGGCGGGCGGCCCUCUGGGACUGAGCAUCGUGGGAGGCAGCGACCAUGCCAGUCAUCCGUUUGGCAUCAGCGAGCCUGGUGUCUUCAUCUCAAAGGUGAUCCUGCAUGGCUUGGCGUGUCAGAGUGGGCUGCGGGUCGGGGACAGGAUACUGGAGGUGAACACCAUCGACCUGCGCCACGCCACCCACCAGGAGGCUGUUAAAGCCCUGCUCUCCAACAAACAGGAGAUCCGCAUGCUGGUGCGCAGGGACCCCUCACCGCCCGGGAUGCAGGAGAUAGUGAUCCAGAAGCAGACUGGAGAGAAGCUGGGCAUCAGCAUACGUGGCGGUGCCAAAGGCCAUGCUGGCAACCCUUUCGACGCCACCGAUGAGGGCAUCUUCAUAUCCAAGGUGAGCUCCAGCGGUGCAGCGGCCAGAGACGGCCGUCUGCUGGUGGGCAUGCGGAUCCUGGAGGUGAGCAACCACAGCCUGCUGGGCAUGACCCACACGGAGGCCGUGCGCGUGCUCCGCGCCGUGGGAGACACCCUGUUCAUGCUGGUGUGUGACGGCUUCGACCCAGGCAACGCUGCCGCCAUAGAGGCGUCGCCGGGCAUCAUUGCCAACCCGUUUGCGGCGGGCAUCGUGCGUAAGAACAGCAUGGAGAGCAUCUCCUCUAUAGACCGAGACCUGAGUCCUGAGGAGAUGGACAUCCUACAGAAGGAGGUGGAGAUGGCGAGAGAGACGUCCCAGUGGGAGAGAGAAGAGGUGAACCUGGGCACUGGACCUCUGAAUCUGGACUACCGGACGCUGGCCGCACUGCCCACCACCUCUCUGCAGAAGGUCAACAGGGCACCCUCCACUGAGCCCCCCAGGACUGACAGUCCCAUUAGAGAUGCCCCCUACUCACCUAGCACACAACCGCCCAGUGCUCAUUCCUCCACCAGCUCCCUGUGUGCAGGCAGGGAGACCCGCUUCGCAAGCAUUCAUUUACCCCCCACUGCACUGCCUGCCAAGAAUAACUCGCCAUUGAGUCCCUAUGAGACGAGGCCGGGUUCCAUCCAGCCACUCUCCCGUGGUGGCGGGCGGCCAAGCACCUCGCCAGGCACUCCGGACGGGCACAGCAGAGACGGGCACAGCAGUCCCAACCCCUUCCAGCAUGGCCCUUCCCCCAUCAACUCCCAGACCUCUCUGCAGCCUCGUGCCCCCUCCCCUGACACGAUCGAUGAGUUCUCCCUGAACCCCAAGCAGGCAUACAAGGCGUUUGCCGCCGUGCCUCACUCGCUGGCCAUGCUGGAGCCGCCGCUGCAGGACCUGUAUGGCCAGAGGAACAACAUCCACUCCAACCUGCCUUCUCCUUCUCCAGAGACUCCGUCUCCCGGGGGCAGAGACAGCCCAGAGCAGCGCUCCUUCAGGGACAGACAGAAGUACUUUGAGAUCGACAUGAAGCAGCAGACGCCCGACAGCAAGCCCAAAGGCCGCGUGUCCCUGGUGGGAGCAGAUGACCUGAAGAAGAUGAGGGAGGAGGAAGAGAGGAGAUUCGAGCAGCGGGCGCGGGAGUACCUGAUGGAUGACGAUGAUGAGGAGGAGGACGACCUGGUGAAGCAGAUGGGAGUGUUGAAGGCCACGGGCAAGGUGUUGCUGGACGGGGUGGAGUACAAGGUGGAGCCCGUGGCCACGCCCCCCAGGCACUAUAACACGCCCCCCAGCUACAGCGCCACGCCCCCUAGCUACUGUGGCAGCUCAGGGCCCUCGUCAGUGGAUGGUAAAGGAGACUCCCAGAGGAAUUCCUUAGAGGAGAGCUUCAGGUUGGAUCAGCAGCGGCCCAACUCCAUGACUGGUCUGAUCCCAGUGUACCCUGGAGAGUCGGGGGCUCCCAUCCGGACGGCCAAGGCAGAGCGGAGGCAACAGGAGCGGCUGAGGAUGCAGAGUCCAGAGCUGGCUCCGGCCGGAGACAAGGACCUGUCCCCCGCCGAGAAACGGGCUCUGGAGGCCGAGAAGAGGGCCAUGUGGAGGGCAGCAAGGCCCUAUGGCCUAGAGGAGGAUGUUAGGCAGUAUGAGCAGGACCUGGCUAAGAGGCUCUACCAGUCGCGAGUGAGGGCGUCUCAGGGCACCGUGCCGCCCCCUCAGCCCCAAAACGCUGCCGCUUCCUCCGCUGCCUCCCAGCUCAGGAUGAAGUCUCUGGAGCAGGAUGCUCUGAAGGCUCAGAUGGUCAUCGCUAAGUCUCGGGAGGGAAAGAAGCGUGGCACACUGGACCAGCUGGCCGAGUCACCCUCGCCCGCCCCCACGCCAUCCCCCACCCCUCUGGAAGAUUUCAGUCCCAGAGGAGUGACGUCACCAGGCAGACUGUCCCUGUCGGAAAAGAAGUUUGACUACCGACAGUUUGCUGCCAUUCCUUCUUCCAAACCCGUAUACGACAUCCAGUCCCCUGACGCGGUGGACGACUUUCAGUUCAUUGACGACGGCUCCAGCAACCCCGUGCCCGCUGAGGUGCCCGCUGCCACCUCAACGCUGGAGGAAAUGGCCCUCUACAGAAACAAGCGCAAGCUGAGGCAGGGCCGCCGCAGCCUGGAGACCGCCGUGCCCACAUAACACCUCACACACACACCUACCGCAGGAGACCCGGGUGUGACACACACACACACACACACACACACACACACACACACACACACACACACACACACAGAGGUGGCGCUGAGUCACUAUACACUACACACACUCACAAGUUUGGGAGAUGCGUCCCAUGUAACCACUGCAGAGACUAUGAUGCUGAUAAUCAACAAACACACACACCGUGUCCUGCGUGCCAGUCUUGCCUUGACAGUCUGAGGAUGAGUUGGCAUGAACACAAGGCCCAACGUUCCCGAUACCAGGGAGGAGGAGGGCCUGUGAGGCUAGCAUUACGUUUCAAAGUUUUCCUUUUUAUUUGGGUUAUUUUUCUUCAGUUUGCGUUUUAGAAGCUGAAUUAUAUUAACAGGCGACUUGUGUUUUUAUUUUUGCGCCUCUUGAUUUUUUUGCAGUUUUAAAAGAAAAAUGUGUUCUGGAAGAGCAAUGGAGAAAAAAAAAUAUGAAAUGUGUAGCUGUAAUACUAACUUUUCAGAUGCUAUUUUGGAGGUUUUCAGUGAAUAGAUUGUGAAACGUCAGGAUUUUUAGUGGGCUUUGGGAAGGGGGGAGUGUAUAUAUUGUUGGAGGUGGGAACAUACUGCUACCUUCACUGCCACGUGUGCAAUGCAUUUUAAACACUACGUACAUAUCUCGAUUGCACUGCUUCGAAAACAUUUUAAUCUUUUAAAAUAAUUUAUUUUGCUUGCGUUUUAUUACUCUAAUCUAAAGCCUCCCCUGUAAUCCAUUGUUGUUAAUCCCUGUACAACCAAACAAUGGCACGGUGCACAGCAUUUUAUUUAUCCUAAUGACAUCAAAGCAUAUGAUUUCAUAUUAUUCACAAUGAUCCUAUGAGGCAACCGCUAUUUUUUUUAUAAUAAUUUUUUUAAUAUUUUUGGACAAUAAAUAUAUUUGUUUUCACUUUGUUGCUGCACCGGCCUAAACCAGGUUCUGACUGAUGAAAUGUCCCUAAUGUAGCAUGGUACAUGUACAGGCUGUCACAUACUCUUGUAGGGAAACUGAUCUCAGUACAGUUUAUAUCAGUGGACCAGAGUAAAGGAGCUCUAGCUGUCCUAGGACAGGUUUAUGGGAGUCUGUCAGAUUCCCAUUCUAGAGAAUGUAACUACACUGGAGAGACCAGCAGACAUGCGUAUAUUGACAGAAAUCAGAUGAGCCUCUAGUUCUAAUUCAAAAUGCCUGUCAAUUUGUGAACAUAUAAACUCAGUUUCAGCUUCAUCUCCAUUGACAUUAUACGGUACUUUCCCAGCCCUUUUUGUGGACAUCAUUUGUCAAUGUGAAUCUCACUCAUAUCUUUCGUAUCUGGAUGGUAUUCCAGAUUUGGCAGGUGAAGGUAGCAGGUGUUUGCUUAUUUUUUUUAUCUGUCUUUGGUUAAUUUAAAUCUGACGCCACUGAAAAUCCUUUAUCAUUGUGUGAAUAAUGUACAAAAUACUAAAAGGAAAGCAAAACUUAACGGUCGGAACUGAGCCAGUCUACUAAGCCACGACCAAGCAAGUGUCUGGACUGGGGAGCUCUCCCUCUCUCGCUCUUGCUCUCUCUCGCUCUCUCUGCAUGUAUAUUGGCUUUACUGUGAGAACCUGUAGAGGCAGAAAACAUUUUGUUAAUCCCUCUCGAAAUCUCAUUCCACCAUCAUUCUCAAUCUGUCUUUCCUCUGCUUUACCUGCUGCGGAUGUUAUCUGAUUGCGGCAUUGUUGGAGAAGCGCGUUUUAAUCAUGGUUUUCUGUGUUGCUCUCCCUGACUGAAAUUCAGUUAGGUUGAUAACAUUUGCAAAUGGCUGAUUUUCUUAGUAGGAAAAACUUUCCAGAAAAUGGGAUUCACUACAUUUUUAAGGCAGAACUGUUUGAUCUUUUUUUGGUUACUCUCUUGAAUUCUCUUGGCUGUUGUUUUUCCAAAUGGGUCGGAGGAGAAGGGCAGAAGUGCUGGGGUCAAGGGUUAGAGCUCAUCCAAGACUGUAACUAGUGAAUUUGUACAACCAAAGAAGUCUAUUUUGUCGUUCAGGAACAAUAAAAUUUACUUUUCAUUUAACAAGCUGA